ACCCUCCCUCUGUAUCUAAUUUCUUUUAUGCAGAUUUAACGAUUUUUAAAAAAGAAUUAUUUUGUAUAUUCUUUGGCUCGCUAUGUAAAAUAUCAGAGUCUAAUGAGAAAAUUCAUUUUCUUUAUUGAUUGAAUCGAAUCGUAACUAAAUUUUGUGUUUUUAGUACGAUCAGAAGCUACCAUAAUCAGAUUUUGUGUGCAGAAAUUAUUAUCGAGUUUGAUUCUUGUUUGUUUCGAUUUGAAUUUAAUUUUAAAAUUGAGUGUUCUGCGGAUAGGAAUUUUUAGUGUCGCGGAUCGUUUUUCUUUUCUUUAUGGGAUAUGGUAAAGGACUUUAAAAUAUCGAUUCUUGCAGGAUUUUUUUAAGUAAUUAUUUGAAACUUGAAAGCCUCGUGUUGGACAUAAAUUCUAGCGAAUUCCGAAGCAUUUGGUGAAACUAGUGACUAAAUGAAUAACGGGAAAGUUAACAUUCUGUAGUUUAACCUUAUUCAUGAGCUAAUCUUGUAUUCUCAUUUAUAGCCCAAUUAUAGCAUUUGAGCAUUUUGAAUUCCUUAUAAUCUUUGUAAUCCAGGAAAGUCUGAUAUACCAACUUGUUAUCUUCCAGGGUCUAUUGAGUUAAGCAGUUGUAUAGCUAUUAAACGGUUCAUCCGGUUUCCAUUAGGGCUGCCAUGGAUCAGAAAAUGAAUGUUUAUGUUUGGGACAUGGAUGAGACUCUCAUAUUGCUCAAGUCUUUACUGAAUGGGACAUAUGCUGGGGCCUUUAAUGGUUUAAAGAGUGUUCAGAAUGGUAUAGAGAUAGGCAAGAUGUGGGAGAAUCAUAUUCUUCAAGUGUGUGAUUCCUAUUUCUUUUACGAGCAAAUUGAAAAUUUCAAUCAACCUUAUCUAGAUAUCUUGAGCCACUAUGAUGAUGGUCAGGACCUCUCUGAUUAUAACUUCAACCAGGAUGGCUUCGGUCCCUUAUUAGAUGCCAGCAACAAACAAAAAUUAGCGUAUCGUCACCGUGUUAUAGCUCAAAAGUACAAACAGGGCUUGUAUAGUUUUCUCAAUCAAGAUAUGAUAAAACUCUGGGAUGAUCUCUAUGCUUUAUCCGAUAAUUUUACAGACAGAUGGCUCUCUUCAGCACGAGCCUGCUUGGAACAGUGUGUGAUUCGUAAAAGAGAUAUGACCCCCUGUUUGGAUUCAGCUGAUGCCAAUUCUCAUCAGCAUGUGAAUGUCUUGGUUACAUCUGGACCUUUGAUACCCAGCUUGGUCAAAUGCUUAUUGUAUCGACUUGGUGAUCUGAUUACUUGUGAUAAUGAACUUUUCAGUCUACAGCUCAUGGGAUGUGGGGAAGCUCCAGUGCUUUUCAUGGAUCCGGGAGCGUUUCGAUGGGCCAAAUGUCCAAUUUUGUGUAAUAGGGGAUGGUUCCGAGGAAUGUGAAGCAGCAGAAUUCAUGAGAUGGCCUUUUGUUAAAAUUGAUCCACAGCCGACCAGUAUUCAUCGGUUUCCAGGUCUUACACCAAGAGAUUUAAGCCACUAUUUGUCUGUGGUGUAUGGAGAUACUAAUGAAGAAAACGAGAAAACCGCAUAAAAUGGAAGCUCGUAUAAACUGCAGCUCGCUGAACAAAAUCUAGUCGAAAAGAUUCAAUUCCCAGGUUCAUGGAUAGGACAUUUGGCUUUUACUUAAUGGAGAAAAUGACAAUGCUUGAUAGUUGUAAUUUAUUGUAUUGGACCUCUUUUGAUUUUUCUUAAAAUGUAUGCGUGUAUCCUUGUAGAAGAGGGUUGUUAGAAAAUUGCUUCCUCUAAAAACUACCAAAGCACUUUUAACAAAAUUAGUCAAAGCCCUUUUGGCUUUUCAAAAGCA